AUCCCACGGUCCAGCACCCACCCUGCCUCCUGCCAUGGUAGUCGCUGCGAUGGAUGUCCCCGAGCUGAUAUAUCGCGGCGACAUGUCGACCUCAUCGAUAUCGUCCCACUCACACGAGCUCGUCACGCCAUCGACAUCCCAUCCAGCCCCCAGGCCCCCCAGGAACAAGCUAAGAAAACCACCUCCACCUGGUUCACCCUUUUCCUUCGUAUUAGACACCCCCCCUUCAUUUUCUCAUUUCCCCUACUCGUUCUCUUCGAUGAGCACGAGGCGGCUGAGGAGCCCGACAUCGAGUCCUGUCGCUAGUACAGUGUCUGCCCCUAGCACCCUGACCUCGCGGCCGGAGACGGUGACCUCGUAUGGGAAUUCGUCGACGACGCCCUUAAUACGACCCAAACGAGCGGCGUCGAUGCCGUCACGGAAACUGACGAAGCAGAGACCGACAGAACCGCCGACAACCUCGGCGCCUCCAAAGCGAAGGGCGACACUUUCCUUCAAUUUUCGGAGGCGCAAGGUAUCGCAGACCCCGCCCCCAUCCAGCUUUUCCGCCGUUAAACUUGCACAGUGUACUCCCACUCUUUUUCCAAGACGAGGCAUGUUUACCUUAGGCUCAGAUAAUGACGACCAGGAAGCUCUUCCAUCCAGCCCGCGUCCCCCCCUUGUUCCUAAAGACGCUUCCCCCUCCUCCUGUUCUGGCUGCUUCUCAGAAGAUGAUGAGGAAGAUGAGCUUGAACUCAAACGCCGACGCCGAUGGACUCUCAUGACCGACGACGCCAUUACGGACGAGGCAUUCGCAGAGACCGUGUUCAGCCUCACUCGGUGCACCAGUUUCGAAUACGAGUCAUAUGCCAACGAUGAUGAUGCAACGGAUACGACAUGCAAUGCCAGUGUUCCGGAACGACGGUCCAGUUUGAUGGCACUAUUUACGACAAGAGAUCUCUUGAGGACCGAGAGGCGCUACCUCAACCAUCUAUAUGACCUACUGCGCUCAUCGCCACAUUCAUACGGGGAGGAGGAAGGCGUACCGUGGCCAUCGCAUCCCUCACCGUUGCUCAUGCAUACCCGGCUGAUCGCACUUAUCGAUGUUUCUCAAGCUCUCCUCGGAGCGAUGGAAUCCGAUCCCUCGGUCGCCGGAAUAGCCGGCGCGUUCGUAGCGAUGGAAGACGAGAUGGGACAUGCACUUAGUGGGUGGUGUGCCGUAGUCGGCGGCUGGUUCGACGAGGGAGUACAGUUCAAGAGGCAGAGGAGGCCGUCAAAAGGACCUAGGGGAAGCGAGAAAGAUUUGCCGUUUUUGCCGAAUUCGACUACGGAGAAUAACAAACCCAAAAGAAGUUCGACGAUGCUGUCACUAGCGCCCAAAGACCUAUGGCGCAGCUCUACCUUCAGUGAUUUAUCUGUUUCCAUGGCCCCGAAACGGUGCUCCACGCUUCCUUCAUCUGCAUCCUUACUGCCUUCCCCUGGAAGGUCUGUAUCGUCGAGGAUGAAAGAAACAUGGCGGAAAUCCCUUCCCUCUCUCCCACCUUGGAACAAAAAUGUCCAGACCGUGCGAGACCGAGCCAUCCUCCCUGUGCAGAGGGUUACGCGUUAUAUUUUGUUUUACCGAGAUCUAUUGAAGCAUACCGAAGGGUCCUCACCUUCAAGGGGGGUGGUAGAGGAAGCUGUUGCUGUUGCAGGGAGGAUCGCAAAACAAUGCGACGACGCCCAGGGUAAUGAACGGCUGGUGGUGGGCCCGAUGACAUUAUGAUCAAUCACUAGAUUUACUUACUCAUUAUUUGGUUGUACUGUUAGCUUUCUUGGUCUUUCAUUCGCUUUCGUUCUUGUUGAACUUCGAUACCCCAUACUUUAUAAUUGUAACAUGUUUCUAGGCUGAACACCCAACAUUGAUGAUAGACAGGAAGUUUGAUCUAUAUUUGCGGGAUUUUGUCAGCAGGGAGAAGGGAGACAAGAAUGUGAGAGCGAGAAGGAAGAAAUUCUAUAAAGUCGGGGAAAAGGUUCGGAAUAAUGAGGUACGGGAUAAGCUUCUGCAAGAGCGGGAACGCAACUAUGAUCAGGCACAUUGGAGGGAAAUGAUAUCAAGUGGGUCGCGAACGCAGACACGAGUGUAGUAAUAUGAUUUCGACAGGACAGCUCAAAAGAGGAG